UCCGACCCGCUAAUCCUACAAGAGUACUUGGGAAGGGAUCUGGAGAAAGAGAAGCACGUCUCCGGCGAUGGCUCCUCUGCCGCCGAGAUCCGGCGACGCCGUCUUCGCCAACAUCGAGCGCGUGAAUGCGGAGCUGUUUUCGCUAACGUAUGGAGCGAUAGUUCGCCAGUUGCUGACGGAUCUCGAGGAGGUCGAUGAGGUCAAUAAGCAGCUCGAUCAGAUGGGUUACAAUAUUGGUGUUAGGUUGAUCGAUGAGUUUCUAGCUAAAUCAAAUGUAUCAAGGUGUGCUGAUUUCAAGGAAACUGCUGAUGUUAUUGCAAAGGUUGGUUUCAAAAUGUUUUUAGGGGUAACUGCAUCUGUGACCAAUUGGGAUGCAGAUGGCAUGAGUUGCAGCCUUAUUUUGGAGGACAACCCCCUGGUAGAUUUUGUUGAACUUCCCGACACAUGCCAAGGCCUUUAUUACUGCAAUAUCCUAAGUGGUGUUGUAAGAGGAGCACUUGAGAUGUUAUGCACAUCCUACUAAUAUCAGUUUCUGCUAUGAGAUCUCAUCACUAAGUUUGGAAGGUGCAAGUUUAAGUCUGAAGAGGAGGAUGCGCUGUUCAAAGAGUCUCCUUACCUCAUAUGAAUUAUGAUCUGGGCUUUGUGUGCUUGAUUUACAAGAUCUCUUCUCGUUUUUGAACUCUCUGCAAGAUUUGUAAAUGGACGUUGGGUGAUUGAGGAAAAGCUUUUUGCUAUACCAUUUUAUCCAUUCUUAUCCAUAUUGGUUCAUUUUGCACUGUACCAUUGGGCUGUGCCUUCAAUUUCAUGAGUGUCAGUUGAAGUACUCUAUAGAACAUAAGAUCUUGAUAUUGAGUUUUGUUCAAUUAUUAGA